UUGUUAGUUUGUUCAAUUUGUUAGUGUAGUAAAAAUACUUUAAAUAUGGCGCGUUACUUCAAAGAGCAGGAUAUAGAUGAGUUCCGCGAGUGCUUUUAUCUGUUCGCCCGUUCGGGCCAAAUCAACAAUCUGGACGAACUAACUGUAAUCAUGCGCUCGCUCGGUCUGUCGCCGACGAUCCAAGAACUGGUUUCAUACCUGAAGCAGAAGAAUGGAAAAAUGAGCUUCGCCGAUUUUCUAGACAUUAUGCAUCAGCACUCAAAGGUGGAGAGUCUGCCGGACGAGGUCAUCGCCGCCUUCAAGGCAGCCGAUGCACAGAACAAGGGGACCAUAUCUGCCCGGCAGCUGCGCAACCUGCUGCAAAACUGGGGCGAGGGCCUCUCUAUGCGCGAGGUUGAUAAUAUCUUCCGUGAGGCUAAUGUCAACAGCAAUAGCAGCGUGCGGUACGCAGACUUUGUCAAGAUUGCUUGCGCCCCGGUGCCAGACUACUAUUAAGACCGUCAACCCAUUUGCGGAGCCUUAGAAAACAUUCCAGUACACAUGCAUUUCCCUACGAAAUUCGCACAAAAACCACUUCCAAUAAAGUUCACACAAGGACAAUUUAAGAAAA